GAACGCUGUUUCCCAGCUGAAGAAAUGAAACAGGCGGAGGACGUUUUCCGCAGUUUGUUUCUGACACACAGCACAAAACGAGCGGACAGAAGAAGGAUACACAAAGUUUCCGACAUCGCUCCCAAAACGCAUUCGGUCAUUUAUGUUUUAAAACAAAAUUAAACGCCUUCCGUCGUGUUUUUUUUCCCGUUCAGAAGUGAAACGUUAGUUUGUCGCAGUUCCGUGGAAGUGAGUUACUGAGCUGUGUUGAGGGCGCAGAAAUUUAGCGGAUUUAAUGAUUUUACCUGUUUUCGCUGUGAAGUUUACUCCAGCUAAAGAGCAACGAGUUCGUCCUUGUUUUACCACUCAGCCAGCGGGAUCUCAGCGAACUGCACAACUGGAGACUUCAAGGAUGUUGGGGCUAGCACAGCACAAAUGCCUCCUGCAUUUUUGACCCAGAAUGGAGCUCAAAGUCUGGGUGGAUGGAAUCCAGAGGGUCAUCUGCGGUGUCACUGAAGCAACCACUUGCCAGGAAGUAGUGAUUGCUCUGGCCCAGGCUAUAGGUCGCACUGGGCGAUACACUUUGGUGGAAAAAUGGCGAGACACAGAGCGUCAUCUUGCUCCUCAUGAAAGCCCUGUGGCCUCACUUAACACCUGGGGCCAGUACGCUGGUGAUGUCCAGCUGAUUCUACAUCGCACAGGACCAUCUCUGACUGAGCGGCCCCCCUCUGAAGGGCCACCUCUCAAGGGUCCGGAACGUGGGCUGCAUCGGCAGAGCCUCCCUCCCCUUGCAAAGCUUCGCUACCCCAACGAUCGAUCUCUCCGCCGCCGUGAGCCGCGACGGAAGUCUCUCACAUUCACCGGUGCACCCCGAGGCCUUAAAGAGAUACUGAGCGGAGGGCAUCUUGGAGAGGCUGAGGCCAAAAGAAGACUUCUGAUGGGAAAUGCAGGAGUGCCCAUUGGUACCACAUCUGCUGGCUUGUGGGCGUGUCGCAUGGAAGAUCUGGUUAGACUGGUCAGUGUUCAGAGCGAGACUCUUAAUGUGCUGGAGAAGAAGCUGGAGGCCUACGAGGCUGAGCUCCAAGCCUGGGUUGAGGGCCGAGGAGGAAGAGGUGCAGGGCUUGUUGGAGACCUAGGUGGAGGGCUAAUGCAGGAGAUUCUGAGGAUGGAGAAACAUCUGAGGAAAAAUGAGGUUGAAAUGGAAGAGGAGGAAUUUUGGGCCACAGAGCUUCAAAUUGAAUUGGAGAGUGAGAGACAGCUGGAGGAGAGGCUACAGGAACUACAAGGUCGUCUGCAGGGUUGUGAACUGGAGAUUGGAGAAAAGAUGGCAAUAGUUCAGGGUGUAGAGGCAGGGAUGGAAGAGGAGCGAAUUCAGAGAGAGCGGCAAGAGACACAGUGGCUCAGUGAGGCAGAGGCUCGGGCUCAGCUCCUCAGAGUCAAAGCAGAGCUGAAAGCUCAGGAGAGACAAGCUGUCCAGCUGGAGAGCAGCUGCAGAGCUGUGGACAGGUCACUCGGACAAAGCAGUAAAAAAGUACAGGACAUGCAGCGUGAGCUGGAGCAGCUGACCAAAGAGUUGAGGCAGGUUAACCUGCAGCAGUUCAUCAAGCAGACAGGCACCAAGGUCACAGUGCUGCCGGCUGAACCCGCUGAGGAUGAGAGUACGCACAACGGCCACAGCAUUGAAUCAGUUCCACUGUCUGGCUCGCUGAAGCGUCCCGUGUCAUCACACACAAUGUCCAAUCACCUCCGGGUCCUGCACAGCCCACUCACUUCUGGACUAAACCCAGAGGGAAUCUAUGUGUGAUGCUCUAAAACAUGGUGCAACAUGGAGGGAAAUCGCCAUGUCUCCUCAACUGAGAUUAUUUUUACCCCAGAAACCAGAUGUUUUUGGAUAUCUUCUUUUUUAAAUAUAGGAUACCUCAGCAGCACACUCCUGUGUAUACUUUUUUCAGCUUCCUGGGAUAUUUUCCCAAUUCUAGUAAUUGGUGUUGGUCCUGAAGGUGACCUUGACUGUGGAGGCUCAUGUCAUGGAGGAAAAGUGUUGAUUGGAAGUUAUGCACCACUUAGUGUAAGUGGAAGAUUCCAUAUUAUAUUAUGAAGGAAAAAAGCAUUAAAAUGGCACUGUAUGCCCCAGCGUUCCGUCUGUCUACAGGCUGAGACUUUCUAAAUGUCACACUGUUGUGACCGUACAAUAAACAAUUCUGUUAAGGGACUUGUACUCACUUUUAAUACCUGCUGUAGAAUUUGUAUUGUCACUAGCAUCAUGAUUGAGAAAUGUUGCCUUAGCCUUGUUGAGAAUAUUAGUAUGUGACUCUUGUUAACUAUAUAUCUGACAGUAUGCGGGAUGUAGGAUCAUUUGUGCAGUUACUAUGUUUUGUUUUUUUGCUUUUUCAGCUUAAUUGCUGCCUCGUAUAUCAAUCAUGAUCAAAUAUUUAUCUUUAGAGUCUAUAACUUUGCAAAUGUAUUCUUGUAGCUAUGACCUUUAAUCCAAACUAUGCACAAUUGUUUAAUUUGUUAUGAAGAAUGUUAGCAUCUGUAUAAACAAAUAUAGUGGAAUAUGAAUGUUUUAUAUUUGUAUACAAGGUGGAGUAUUCAGUUACAAAAAUGCAGUUCCCUCAUUCCUGCAGUUAUGUCUACACAAUGAAGCAGUAUUAAAUUCCUUGUUUAAGUGUUUUAAUCUGGAUGCCUGUAUAGUAUAUUUUUGCCAAAUGCAUUAUUUUUCAUUCUGUGAGGUUCAGUGGCCAAAGAAUAUCUGGUCCUGUUGCAUGUUUGUGUUGAUCUAGAUUUGCAGAACACCCACGCUAAAGUAAACAUGCUAACGGCAAAGUACAACAGAUACUGAAUACGAUAUGUACAUGAAUUAAAGGGACAUUCUUUGUGCAGAGUGAAAAUAGCCAAGUUAUUAAUCAAAGCCUUUUUGGUUGUACUUCAGCUGCUAAUCACAUCAAAGUGCCUUUAUAUUCACUUAAUGUAUAUUGUACACUAAAAAUAUAGAAGAAUAAUUCAAGCAAUGGUCAUUGUAGAAAAUUUAAUAGCUGUAUUGUUUGCAUGCUGAUGUCCUGAGAUAAACUGCAAUAUAUUUUGAGGAAACUUGCCUUUUAUCACGCAGUAUUUUGUAGAAAUGUGAAUGGAAAGUACGUACACUUGGCUACUGUAUUAGCCUCACUAUACUAUGUGAUGUCAAGUGCAUUCAUGCAGAUUCUGAUUGUCAUGUAGCACAUACGUCUCACUACUGUCAUCCUGGGAUAAGUGAAGUAUUUUAAUACAGAAGUUACACUGAAUUAUUACAAUGAGUUAUUUUUGUCCUUGAGGGGCUUGGUGGUCAGGUUGUUUGAAAAUCCAGUUGGAUUCUUUAUUAAUUGACUGGCUCAGCCAUUCCCAAAAUUAAGAAUGCUGCAGCCCAGUUUGAAGUCUGAAAGUCAUCUAAGGCCCACCAAAACCUUCAGUCACAAUGUUCGACACUUCCUUAAGAGGAAGUACAUUCAUGUGAACGAUAUGUUAAACUAGCUCAGAUAAAUGGACACACAAUUUAAAUCCUGUGGCUUUGUCAACUUCUGAUUAAUUGAUGAUAAAAAAAAUUUAAUUUGAACAACUUUUUUUAAAGGAAGUUUUAAACUUAUGAAAUCAGAAAACACUCUUUUUUUUUUUUUUUUUUUUUUAAGAUUUUAAUGAUUUUCAUGCCUCAUAAUAAAGCUAUGCUUUGGAACCACUGGUAUGGCUGAUUGGCCUGCAAAAUAUUAGUGCAAAUAUGUCUGUUUUCUGGAGGCUGACUUGGUUUCCUCCAUCCAAAAGUCCAAAAUCCACUCAAAAGGACUUGAAGUAAAUUAUUACCAGUUAAGCUAACAGCUUAUUUUUGGUUAUCAAAUAAUCAACCAUUUUUAGCCAAUGUAGCCAUUAUCUACAGAAUGCACAAAGCUUCUCAUUACUAAGUUUAAAAAAAAAAAAAGUCUGUGAUAAGUAGCAUUUUGUGUUGGAGUGGAUUUUCCCCUCUUAAGUCUGCGUGUGUGUGUGCAUGUCCCACCCUGGGAUGAGACGUAGGUGUGGUCACUGUUUACAAAUGCAAGUAUUUUAGAAAACUGUAAGAUGUCACCUGUACAUGUUUUGUGUUUUUUGCCUUAAUAGACUGCAGAGUGACAGACAUGCGGCUGUAACGCUGUCGAUGACACAGAGUGCAUGAUUCAAUAAACCAUCAGACAAAAUCACUGCU